AUGCCCAGUGAUAGAGCCGCGCUCUUUACCAUCAAGCCCACCCUCAAGAUUGUCCCUCAAGAUGGCAUUAUUCCGGUCACGCUGGAGGCUGAUUCUGCUGGGCCAAUGACUCAAUCUGUCCUAGACCUGGCCAAUCUUCUCGACGUACUCGUGGACCCGUCCCGUACAUCCCUGCCAGGAGGGGGUUACAAGAGGGCUGUGAACAGCUCUUGGGGUAAUAUACGCAUCGGAUACUUGGAUCCAGAACAAUGGCUAUUCCCAACGGAGAUUGUCAAGUACGAGAAAGAUGCUACUGAUCAAAUGUCUGUUGCCAAAGUUGUGAAGCCCGUGAAACUUGUCUCAAUCGAAGAAGCUUCACAGGGCGGCAAGAGAGACAUUUGGGAUGCUUUUCGUAUGACCCCUCAAACCAACAAGGACACCAAUGCGCACACAGACACAACCUUCCAGGCCCUUUUGGAAGAAUAUCUUCAAAGUGUUGACGACUGUAAAGUCCGUACGCUCAAGGAGCUUAUUGAGUUCAAUGAAGAGCAUGCGGCGGAAGAACUGCCCCCCCAGGAAUAUCGCAAACUGAUAGACGAGGCUCGUAGCACUUGCGGUGAGAAAAGAAUUGACAGGGUGUUGGAAGAGAAUGAGGUUGACAUCAUCCUUGGACCGGGUGAUGGGCCUAUGGUCAUCAUUGCUGGCACUGCGGGCGAGUGGCCAAGAUCCGUUACAAAUGUCUCUCGGGAGCCCCUUCAUUUGCUCCCUCCUUCUAACGACCUUGGUUUAGGAUACCCAGUCGCAUCGCUACCUCCUGGGCACCUCGAUUUCAACGGAAGGCCAUUUGGCAUGCAGAUUACGGCCAGAGCGCAUGAGGACGCUCUUCUGAUCCAGGCACAAAGCGCAUGGGAGGCAAUCUUUCCCCCGCGCCAGCCUCCGCAGUUGGAUGGGAUUGUGGCCUCAUCCCGAUCCAUCUAA